AAGCACCUAACUUCAGAGCAAACAUUCCAUUUUGUUUCAAUCCGUGGAUUUUAUUUCAAGUUCACGACACGGUGUAAUUCUGACUCGACGCACGAAUAUAUUGUUGUCGUACCGAUCGCGAGUGAAAGGAGUUCGAGCAGCAUGACUACUGUGUGAAACUGUUGAUAUUGAAAAGAUUGUGAAGUCCUUGUAUUCUUUUAUUUUGAUACGUGUGUUUAUAAGUUGUGAAAAAUGGUUCAGGAGUUUGUGGCUCCAACGAGGGUACAUAAGUAUCCCUUCGAGAUGGUGAUGGCCGCAUAUGAGAGGCGGUUCCCCAGCUGCCCCCAGAUCCCGGUGGUGGUGGAAUGCGCUAUUACAGAGGACAGCUGGUCAGCAGACGACUCCGUGAGACUGACUACAAGGCGGUGUCAGCUCAACGUGGAAGCUCCUUAUCUUCUUAAAAAAAUGAUUGGCGUUGACUAUAUCUACUUCAUCCAGAAGAACAAUUUGGACCUUAAGAAAAGGGUCUUGGAGAUCGAAGCCACCAACGAGACCUUCGCCUCCAGGGUCGGAGUUGUCGAGAAAUGUAAAUACUAUGUGUGCCCAGACAACCCAGACUGGACGUGCUUCGAGCAGAGCGCUCUACUGGAUGUGAAGAACUUCUUCGGCCUCGAGAACACUGUGGAGAAGAUCGCCAUGAAGCAGUAUGCCUCCAAUAUUGCCAAGGGCAAGGAGCUGAUCGACGUAUUCAUGAAGGAGGUCCACAACGAGGGUGUGACCAAGCUCAAGCCCUGGAAGAAGAAUGACAUCGCUUACAACCGGGAGCUCCGCCAGGCGGUGACCAGGGGAACCGAACCGCUGUCCCCCAGGCUGUCUAUUAGUGAUCUCAGGAAAUAUUCCGACUCAGAACAAUACACGAUGGACAGCGAGUAUAUCAAGCGGCACCUGGGCGAGCUGAGCCCGGUGCAGGAGUCGCGCCUGCUGCAGCUGCGCAAGUGGAUCAAUGACCUGCAGAAGGGCAAGGUCCCAAGCGACACAACCCUCCUCCGUUUCCUCCGCGCUCGAGACUUCAACGUGGAGAAGGCCAGAGAGAUGCUCUCCCAGUCUCUGCUGUGGCGUAAGAAGCACCAGGUGGACCGCAUCCUCUCGGAGUACGAGACUCCUGACGUUGUGAAGCAGUACUUCCCUGGAGGCUGGCAUCAUCAUGACAAAGACGGACGUCCGCUGUACAUUCUGCGAUUGGGACAGAUGGACGUGAAGGGACUACUCAAGUCUAUCGGAGAAGAUGGCCUCUUGAAGUUGACACUUCACGUAUGCGAGGAAGGUCUAAAACUUCUAGAAGAGGCGAGCCGCUCGUCCAACAGCGCCGUCCUGUCGUGGUGCCUGCUGGUGGACCUCGACGGGCUGAACAUGCGCCACCUCUGGCGGCCAGGAGUGCGGGCGCUGCUGAGGAUCAUCCAGAUCGUGGAGGCUAACUACCCGGAGACCAUGGGCAGGGUGCUCAUCGUGAGGGCGCCGAGAGUCUUCCCUAUAUUGUGGACUAUUGUUAGCACUUUUAUUGACGAGAACACCCGCAGCAAGUUCUUAUUCUACGGUGGCAAGGACUACCUGCAGCCAGGAGGUCUGCUUGACUACAUACCCAAGGAUCUCAUCCCUGACUUCCUUGGAGGACCAUGCAAGAGCUUCGUGCACGAAGGUGGACUGGUGCCGAAGAGUUUGUACGUGAGUGGAGCGUUCACUGAGCGGGAGGGAGAUCCUCUUAGUGAGGACAGCAUCUAUAGAUCUGUUAGCUUGGGGAAGGGACAGGUACAUGAAGUGAUAGUACCGAACCGCGACCCUCAAAGUGUGCUGACGUGGGACUUCGACGUGCUGCGCCACGACAUCGCCUUCACGGUGUACCGCAGUGACCACGAGCUCUCCCAUCCACCGGCUGAUCCCUCAGCGCUGUGCGUAGGUGGCGGCGACGAGGCGCGCUCGGUGCUGGACCAGAAGGGCUGGCGUGAGGGAGAGCACUUCCACCGCGUUGAGCCGACCCUCGUCUGCCAUGAUGGGGAGAGCAUACAGGGCUCGCACGUGAUGCUGGAGUGCGGCAGCUACGUGCUGCAGUGGCGCUGCGACGCUCCCGACAGCGCACACCGCGCCGCGCAGCUCAUGUACUUCCACGAGACCCUCACCAGUCACCACUACAAAGGAUCAAUGUCCAGCCUGCAAUCCGGCACGAGUGGUUUCUCCUGCCUCAGCGGCAAGUCCGUAGCCAGUAGCUGUCCCUCCCGGUGAUGCGAACUCCCAGCGACGCACGCGCCGCUCCUCACCGACCUAAACCAGCUUUAACCGGUUAAAAGUGAACCUUGCGAACAGAGGUAAAAAAAAGGUAACAAGUUAUUUUGUUGUUCACUUAUGAGUAAAAAAGUGAGGGGUGGUAAAUGACCACCUAAGUGAGUGAAUUGACUAACCUUUCACAGGUUUAGUGUUAGAUUUAGUAACAAAACGUUACAUUAUAUUUAGUUCAAAGUUAUUUCUUAUAAUAACUGUCGGAUUUGAUAUAGUUACGAACCAUGCAACUGAAUUGUUGUAAAAUAGUUUUUAAUGUUUAAUUUUAAUUGUAAUGCAAUUAUUAAAGGGGUUACGAUGGUAAUAAAAUACAAGAUUUUGAAUCGUUAUUUUUAUUUCAGUUUUACAUAAUUGGUUUGACAACCGUCAAAUGUGCGGGCAUUUCCUAUAUGUCGAUAGUUCUAGAAUUUUCUGUAUGUAUCUUAGAACUAUAUAACAUCUAUCAUCAGUUUUCUCCUAAAUAUUACCAUUAUCAACAUUGUCCAGUUAUUGUGUAGUAAUGCCCUUACAAUAAAUACAUUAAAAUAAAGUAUGUCACGAUCUCAUUGCGUCCUUGGAUAUCCACGUAAUGGAUGUAUGUUCAUAAACGGCUUUAUAUAAAGGCGUGUUCAGACGUCGAAAGUUAGUUGGCGAAAAUAAUGUUGUGACGUGAAUAGUUUCAUAGCGAAAGUUAGUUUGAAAACUGUCUUUAAGAGAUGGUUUUUGUAAGUAAAUCUUGUAGUUACGAACAUUGUAAUGUAAUUUACUCUAUAUAUUUCUGUAGUAGUAAUUCCCUAUGGUAGCUAAAUUUCGUAGUAAAAUUAUUGUCACAACAGCGGAAAUCGACCACUGCAAUCUCUCCGUCUGAACAAGCCAGAAUCACUGUGACAAAUCAUAGUCUUUAUAUAAUAUUUUUUCAUUAUCGCAGCCAUAAAACGUGUUAACUAAAACGUAGCGGACAAGCCAAACAGAUUUCAACCUUAUACGGAAUAUAUAAAGUCUAUUUUUCAAUGUCUAGCUAAAUAUAUGAAUAAAAUGUUUGUAUGUACAUUUAAUCGGUCGUAAAUAACGCAUGUUUAAACUUCGAGUGUAAAGGUAUAAUAAUUCUGUAACUAAAACUAUGUGGAAUUGAAAAGCGGCCUAAAGUAAAUUAGGUAUUCGAAGUAAAAUAGUGACCCUAAUUAUAAAGAAUUAUGCUCUAAGAUCGAUAGAGUAUUUAUUUUAAAAAUACUAAUUUCUCUAUCUGACUGUUCGGGUCUCAAAACAUGCGUUAUAGACUUUUACAUGUGCUAAAUAAACAGAUAUGUAGCCAAAUUAAAUGCUCAGAAUUAUAUGUAUAAGGUAACAAAGAGUUGGGUACAAAAUUGUGUUAGGUACGAGGCUUUUAGUCCAGGAGCCAGUGUUGCAAUAUAUGAAAGAAUAUUACUAAAAUAGUAAUAUUUACUAAACAAAAAGUAUCACUUUCUCUUUAGCUGGUAUAAAUAGAAGUGCAGAGUAUUUUUAUACAUAGCUUGUUACAAAUAAAUGUGAAAAUUAAUUGACUAAGCUCCUGGCCUAAUUUUGCCGGCGUGUGUCACGUUGAGCGAUAAAUGAAACAUUUUAUUUAUGACAAUAUUUAAUGUUAUUUAACAAUUUCUAUACACAUUCUUGAUAUUUCCUUACUUCUAUGUAUGUUUACAUCUUAUAAGGCAAUUAUUUUCAAAGAAAAUUGCACUAUUUAUAUAGCUUGUAGUACAUAUCUUAUACAUCAUUGAAUUGGCUAUACAUAAAAUUACAAUCUUGAUUUUUUCAGUAAACUAUUAACAAUCUUUCUAUCCAACAAUAUUUAGUUUUUCUUUCUUCAGCUCAUUUUCAAGAUGGCGGCGUUUCCCGCUCAACAUGACACCCGCCAUAUAUUUACGUGAAGCGUAAGGAUUGUAACUCAAUAUUUGAGAAAGUUCCCUAGUGACGACAUUUGAUAGUUCAACUAACAGAUUGCACAUAUUUUUCCGUACAUAAUAAUAUAUUGUAUGUAUGUAUUUUAUAUAAGUGUAACUAGAUGUAAAAUAGCAAGGAAUUGACGUGUUUUGAACUGAGAAUAUAAAUGCUUGAGGAAAGAGUACAUAAUGAGUAGAUAAAGUAUAUCUUUUGUCUCUCUUGUGACCUAUGACGUCAUCGUUCAUGUUACAGGCAUCUGACAUUUUGAGUACAUACCGUAUAAAUAACUUACUGAAAUCUAUUUUAAAACUAUUUUGUAGUGAAAUUAGUUGUAUUAUAACGCGUGUUAGUGAUAUGUAAAUGGAUUUAUUAUAAGUAUUUACUAACAUUUAAGAUUAUCAGAGAAUCUUCGAGAACAUUGAACUGUACUAUGUGGUACAGAUGCUGUUUCUAACUAUUCUUACAAAAUUAAUUAAAAAUAAUCACUUUAUACGUAUUUUCUCCUUAUUGAAACCAAACCAACCUUCAUAGUAAUACAAACAACGUUAGUAUCCAAAUACUUAUCGAUAAGCUACCAGACAUUACGGCAACGCAUAGUAAACCUUAUACCAUCUGAAUAAAGUUCAUAUUUAAUUGACAUAGCAGUAAUUAUCGUCAAAAUCAAUUAUUUUUCAAUUAAUGUUAGGUGGGAUUGAUAUCUGAUUGUAGCCGGUAGGUGGCGCUGCAGCGUUACGUAAUAGAGUUUUUAAAUCUAGCGAAUUGUAGGACAUUCUAAUGAGCGAAAUUGCUUUUUAACAAUAUUGCAAAUUAUAGCGAAGUGGCUACAUGUGACGAAUCUGGUGGGUCUUAAAAGAACUUAUUAUAAUUAUCCAUUAGCAAGAAAUUCAAUUUGAGUUAUCAAUUUGAUCCUUAUACCCUUUGUCGUACAACUCAUUUCAUUUUCACAAAAAACCUAAAUUGUAAAAAUAUUAAUUCUAGAAGUCAUCUUAGAGAAAAAUAGUUCUAUUAACAGAUUCAAAAAAUAUUAUUACCGCAGAAAAGUUUAUUUUUGAUAAAUCAUCUAAAACAAGAAAAAAAAAACUUUAAACAGCUUUAAUAUUUUUUGUAAAUGCAUCGCAUAUCGCCUUCGCAAGUAAUUUUCGGAAUUGAAAUAACAAUAUCAUGUAUGAAUUAAAUUAUUUUAAUAAAACUGCAUUUGCUACAGGGAUUUUGUAUUUAUUUUCAGUUUAUAGCACAAUUUUACAUAAUUGUAGAAAUAGAUCUGAUUUCUUAUAUGUAUUUCUAUGAUUUUUUAUUUUAUUUUGUACCAUUAUUUCUAGAUAUGAAAAACAUCAGCUAAAAUAUGCUAAAACUCUUUCUUGAAGUUGGAUCAAGAACUUGACUACAUUUCAAGUUGAUUAAGUAAAUGCUAAUAUUUAGUUAUUAAAAUUAGUUUUGUGAUGUCUUAUCGAUAACUAUUGUAAUUUAGACGAUUCAUUUCUAAUCGAUAUGAAAAUAAUAUCGAUUCAUUCGUAAUUUUUAAGUAAUGGAAUUCUUUAGUGUUGUGAAUGAGCAAUUUAUUUUUAGUUUGUAAGACAUACAAUAUUAAAUGAAUAUGUAUAAAAAGAUAAACAAAAAAAUAUCGAUUGUAAGCGCGAAGUUGAUCCUAUCGAAGAGUUAUUUAUUUAAGGAUUUCACGUUAAGAACAAUAAAAAUAAUGUUAGUAGAAUUUAUUGAACUAUUGAAAUAAAAAUCUAUGAUAACGGAUAAA